AUGAAUAGGCCACGACCAAUCUCCAAGCCGCCAGUCAUUUCGAAUCCCGCACCUGCUCAAAGACCAGUCUCCACAGCUGAGAGCCAAAAUCCACGAGAGUUCCAGAUCAACCAAUUACGUCGUCGUUUCCGUCCAAAGGAGACCAAUGAUGGCUCCGGAACAACAUUGGAGCUGGAACUGGCCCCUUCAGACCCUGAUUUCCCGUUUGAGAUGGACAAGCUGCAAUGUACCCUAUACGUUCCGCAAUCGUAUCCCGCACAGGGAAGACCGAAGCUUAAGGUGACCAAUACCGAUAUGGAUGAAGUCUUCCAGGAUAAUGUGGCAAGAGGUUUUGACGACAUCGUCGAUACGUCGAUACGGAUGAAUAAUCGGGGAACGUUGUUGGGGUGGAUGAACAGUCUUGACCGUCAACUGGAGCGUCUACUCACAACAAUAGAAAGAGGACCCACAAUAAAAUUUGUUGCAAACGUUGGCAGCAGAGAGGCGCCAGAGGUUCAACAACCAGUGCAAGGACAACAGAAGGUUGCCAACGUCUCUGGACAAGUUCGUUCUGCGCCAAGACCGCAGCCAGUGGCUGCACCGCCGCGUGUAUUUACUGGAGAGGAGAAAGCGCAGGCCGAGAAGAGACGAGCAACCGAGACAAAACAGCUGGAUGCUCGUCUUGGUAGACUGCCACUGUUCCACAAAUCUGGAGAUGGACUUUCUUUCACCGUGCCCAUUCAACCGACCAAGGCAGAUCGACUGCCGGCUUCGCUCCGUUCCAUCAAGACGUUGAAACUUGGAGUGCCGCAGUCGUACCCCUUGGAGUCUAGUACGGUCAAAUUACUAGGUGUCGACGGCCCUGAAGCUCAAUCUGUUGAAGUCGGUUUCGCGCAAUGGGUUGGGAAGAACAGCCAGCUCAAUUUGAUGUCGCAAGUCAACUACUUGACCAGCAACAUGCACAACCUUGCAAAGACACCGCUCGAAACGAAACCUGCUCCAGUGCUGGUCGAGAAGCCUGCACAAGUCGAACUGCCCCAGCAACCGCAGACUUCAGAAACGGAGCCUACGGCUGGAUUAGAAGACAAACCUCACGUCCAUGUUAUCCCACGACCCCCGGAAUGGUCGAUUCCUAGAAACGACGGCGAUGGCGAGGAAGGCUCUAGUGAUUUUACUGAUUCCGAAGAGUAUACGGAGGAUGAGGAAGACGGAGGAGCCCCCGUCGCGAUUUCGGAGCUUAGCACGGCGGAGCGUGGUGUUGCACUGUCAUUCCCAUUUUUGGAGCUCUAUGGAAUCGAACUUUUGGAACUCAUGGGUUUAUACAUUACGAUACGAUGCGAGCGGUGCAAGGAAACGCUUGAUGUAAAGAAUAUUCCUCAAGCGAAGGAUAACAGCGAUGCAUACACUCCUAAGGCUGAAACAUGCAAGAAGUGUGCCAAUGCGAUGAGUAUUGGCUUCCGACGACAACUAAUGCACCCUAAUUCAAACCGUGCGGGAUACCUGGACCUGGAUGGAUGUACCGUGGUUGAUCUACUUACCAGCAACUUUGUCCCAACCUGUGCGGAAUGCUCUACGACUUUCCCUGCACCAGGUAUUGCCUCUGUCCGUGGUGAGAGCUCAACGGCUAUGUGUCGUGAAUGCCAUCGGAAAAUGGUGAUGAAGAUUCCCGAGGUGAAAUUCCUUAGAAUAGCAUCUGCCGCAGUUACUUCUCGCGAUCGUGCUCCGCGACGAAAGCCCAAGGAGGUCCUUGGUAUUGUUGCUGGUCAGGAACUGCCCCGACGUGGUCGUUGUACACAUUAUGCGAAGAGUUAUCGUUGGUUCAGAUUCAGUUGCUGCGCAAAGGUCUUCCCUUGCGACAAAUGCCACGACGCAGAAACAGACCACCCCAACGAACACGCAAACCGCAUGCUCUGCGGCUUCUGCUCCCGUGAACAAAUCUACCGCCCUGAGAACUGCGGAAUCUGCCACGCCAUCCUCAUUGGAAAAGCAGGAAGUGGAUUCUGGGAGGGUGGAAAGGGGACUCGGAAUCGGGCGUUGAUGAGUCGGAAGGAUCCACGGAAGUUUAAGCGUCGCGGGGGUACGACGGCGAAUGCGUCGAAGAAGAAGUAG